AUGAAGCAUAUAACCGUUCCGCUAGCUUUUGUCUGUGUCUUGGCCUAUGUGGGCAGUGUGCAGGCAGAGUGCUGUCGGGUUAACUUAACCCUUAGGUAUAUCGUCGGUUCCGGUACCUGUGCAGAUGCUGGUGGCCGUAGAUUUAGCUCCUCAUCGUGCACAGUUACGGUUUGUGCCGAUGGCCGGCCUCUAGUUGGCACCUACUGUGGCCGUGGCUCCUGCAACAUAUUCGGCUGCAAUUGCGAUGGUGGCUGCAUUAAAGGCGAUUGGCAGCAGAGUUUCCUCAAUAACAAUAGACGGCAGAACAUCAGAGUUGUGGAUGCCACAUGGAGUUCAUAG